CGGCUCAGUUCGCAGACGCGGAGGGCGGCGCGGGCGGCGGCGGCGCGGGCCCGAGCGCUGAAAGCUAUGCCCAGCCCCACCGAGCAGCCGGACUCGGAGUGCGCGGUUGUCGCGAGCAGCGCGGGGGACCCCGGGCCUCCACACCCGGCGCUCUCAGGAGCGGAAGAUACUGCUCCCCAGCCGCCACCCGAACCCGACGACGCGGCCGCCGCGCUGCGCCUGGCGCUGGACCAGCUGUCCGCGCUCAGGUUGGGGGGCGCGCACCGCGGAGAGGGUGAGUGCACCGCGGCGGAGCGCGAGGAGGACAGGACAGCGCCCCCAGACCGGCUCGAUGCGGUCAGGCCGUCCCCGGUGGCUGUGGCACCUUUGGGGACCGGUGCGCCCCCGGUGGCCGGUGCACCCCCGAUGACUUGUGCGCCCUCGAUGGCCAUGGGAAACCCAGUGACCGGUGCGCCCCCGAUGACUCUGGCACCUUUGGGUUCCAGUGCACCUUCGAUGGCCGUGGGAACCCCGGUGGCCGGUGCACCCCUGAUGACUCUGGCACCUUUGGGGACCGGUGCACCCUCGAUGGCCGUGGGAACCCCAGUGACCGGUGCACCCUCAAUGACUUCUGCGCCCUCGAUGGCCAUAGGAACCCCUGUGACCAGUUCGCCCUCGGUGACUUGUGCGCCCUCCAUGACUGUGCCACCUUUGGGGACCGGUGGACCCUCGAUAGCCCUGGGAACCCCAGUGACUUGUGCACCCUCGAUGGCUGUGGGAUCCUCCGUGACCAGUGCACCGUCAGUGACCAUGGCACCCACGAUGGCCGUGGCCCCCUCGGUGGCCCCCGGCACGCUGCCUCUCUUGGACCCCGACGUGAGUCCCCGGCCGUCACCCCCGGACGUGUUCGCCAGCUUUGCGCCGCACCCUGCCACCCUGGGUCCCCCGCCGCUGUUGCCUGAGCAGCUGAAUGUGAUCGGCAGUCGCAAGAAGAGUGUGAAUAUGACCGAGUGUGUCCCGGUGCCCAGCUCGGAGCAUGUGGCUGAGAUCGUGGGUCGUCAGGGGUGCAAAAUCAAGGCCCUUCGUGCCAAAACCAAUACAUACAUAAAGACGCCAGUGCGUGGGGAGGAACCGGUCUUCAUUGUGACAGGUCGCAAGGAGGACGUGGAGAUGGCCAAGCGGGAGAUCCUGUCGGCCGCAGAGCAUUUCUCCCUCAUCCGGGCCACACGCAGCAAAGCGGGUGGCUUGGCCGGUGCCACUCCGGGUCCUCCCAACCUGCCAGGCCAGACCACCAUCCAGGUGCGCGUACCCUACAGAGUGGUGGGCCUGGUGGUGGGACCCAAGGGUGCGACCAUCAAACGGAUCCAGCAAAGGACACACACGUACAUCGUGACCCCUGGGAGAGACAAGGAGCCGGUGUUCGCAGUGACUGGGAUGCCCGAGAAUGUAGAUCGGGCGCGGGAGGAGAUCGAGGCCCACAUCACGUUGCGCACUGGAGCCUUCACGGAGGCAGGACCGGACAGUGACUUCCACGCCAACGGCACUGACGUGUGUCUGGACCUGCUGGGGGCCGCAGCCAGCUUGUGGGCCAAAGCCCCCCACCCAGGGCGGAGGCCCCCCACUACUGCCAGUGGCCUGCGUGGGGACAGUGCCCUGGGGGCACCUAGCACCCCUGAGGCCUUUUAUGUGGGCAGCCGAGGAGGACCCCCACUGCCAGACCCGGGGCCCGCCAGCCCUUAUAGCAGCAAUGGGGGUUUCACGUUUGGGGGUGACAGUCCCAGUGCCCCCACGCGGUCGGCCACUCAGGAGGACUGCGACUUCAGUUUCGACUUCCUAGCGCUGGACCUGACUGUGCCUGCCACAGCCACCAUCUGGGCGCCCUUUGAACGGGCUGCACCCCUACCAGCCUUCAGUGGCUGCCCCACCGUCAACGGGGCACCCACGCAGCCCGCCACCACUGCGGGUGCCCGGCGCAGCAGCAGCGGGGCGGCCAGCACCCCACGCCACUCUCCCACAUUGCCCGAGCCGGGUGGACUCAGCCUGGAGCUGCCGCUGGCACAUCGAGGCGCCCCAGACCCCGUGGGCGCCCUGCCGUGGAGACCCCCGCAGAGUGUGCUUCCACCCUUCUCGGGUGGGACCACCUUCUCCAGCACCCCCUCUCUACCCAGCCCCGCCCCGGCCGUCUCCACGCUGGACUCCGCAACCCCGGAGGGCAGCUGCAAGCCAUGCACCCCAGCGGCCACGAACCCAUCUUCGUCCUCCACAGCCCCACCCGCCUCAACGCUGUCACGCGAAUGCGUAGUGUGCGCGGACGGGGAGGCCAUGGCUGCCCUGGUCCCCUGUGGGCACAAUCUGUUCUGCAUGGAUUGUGCUGUCCGCAUCUGUGGAAAGAGCGAGCCCGAGUGUCCCGCGUGUCGCACGCCGGCCACGCAAGCCAUUCAUAUCUUUUCCUAGCGUGAGCGCAUGUGGGGAGCCCGCGGCGCAUCCCCGGCCUGGGGAGCGGGGGGGGGGGCACCCCUGGUGGGAGAGGAGGGUGUGGGGGGGCCAGGCUGCGGGAUGAGUGUGGCGGAGGGCGCAUGAUGGGCAGAGGGGCGCACACGUGUCGCAAACAGCUUUAACUCCUGCACCAGGCAUGGAGGCGGCCGGACUGCGGCCCAGCGGCAGCGCCUCGGUCCUUGACGAAUAACAGUAUUUAGUGAACCGGUUUGCAAUAAACCGGAGAAUUGUCUGUUUGCACUUUUUAUUAGGACACCCCAACUCCCCUUCCUGGGGUGAUCUUAAAUGAAAAAAUAACACGAUAUUUACAACUCAACUGGGCCGCCUUUUUAUUUCUUCUUGCUAAUUUGGAUUUAACAAGUUGUGGGUGCUUGUAGAAAGUUCCAGAAAAUGGCAGGUGGCUUUAAAAAACAAAAACAAAAAAACUCCCUCUUUGUGGGGAGGCAAAUAUAUAUCAUUUUGUACAUCAGCCACGGAGUUGCCAGAGGAGGGCAGGAGGGCGAUGUCUGGGGGUUCCCGACUACAGAUUUCUAAACGGUUUUCUCCUUGGUUCUUUUUGUUUUGUUUUUAAAUUAAGAGACCCUUUCCUGUUUUUUGUUGUCGUUUUUUAAAAAAGAUUUUUAAAAGUUUUUUUAUUGUUAUUUUUACUUCACACUUCCCUUGUAUAGGUAGGGAAUUUAUAUUAGAUAUAUUGUACUUUAUGAAAUAAAUUUUAAGAACUAAAAUAUAUUUUAUUUUAAAUAAAACAACGGACCUUUAAUCUUUGACAGCUAAAUCAUCGAUUAUAUAUUUGCUGAACUGAUUUAAGGGUUUAAAAAUAUUGUAUCAAGAGUUUUAUUUUUGGACUUGACAGCCUUCUUAAUAAAGUCGUUUUACUAUAUGUAA